UAUCUGUGUGGAUAGCAUAAUAAGGUUUCCAUACUGCGCACGAAAAUUCAAAAUGGCUUCGAACUAAACUAUUGAAGAGAAUUUUGUAGGCAAUAUUGACCUUAUACUAUGUGUAUGAAGUUAAAGAUAAGUCACUUAUUAACAAGUAUAUAUCUUAUGAGCGACCUAUAGGUUCUUUACCCCAUAAGCUACCCCAUCUUGACUAACUUCUCUCUACCUAGGCUUCGUAUACUUUCACCUAAAUAUGUACAGGAUUAGGUAAGACGUGCUUACAUCGAUACCUAAUAAUCUACAAGCAAUUAAUCUUAUCGAUCUUGUAUCAAAACGAAUUACAACUAUAUAAUAAGAAGAUACAUGAUAAUAUAUUCAGUUUAGUUCUUAUUGAAAGACACUGAAGUGUUCCGUAAGAGCUGAAGUUUCUUUUUUCAAAUCUGUUGCGUCCCUUUUGACGCCAAAAUGAUAGGAAAAAUCUUAAUCCUCGCCACGGUCGCCGUGGCCAACGCCAGACAUGUUUUGGUGGAUAUAGAUGGAGCUACGACGACAAGCGAUCUUUGCCCAUCGCAGGGGCACCACCUGCUUCCCCACGAGUGGGACUGCACUAAGUUCUACUACUGCGAGUAUGGGGAGAAGUGGGUCACGCCGAGGGACUGUGCUCCAGGGACAGAGUUCUCAUACGAAAUUCAGACUUGUGUACACCCGGGUGCUGCGAACUGCCAACUGCCAGGAGUUCCUCCUACGUCCGAAGAGAGCGAGGAAUCAGCGGAGACCGAAACCCCAACUGAGGUCCCAACCACAGAACCGACCUCAACCACUGAGGCCCCAAGGCCAAGCACUGAGGCAGCUACUUUAGGACCCGUCUUUACCACUGAAGCCCCAACCCCAAGCACCGAGGCAGCUACUCUGGAACCAGCCUCUACCACUGCGGCCCCAAGGCCAAGCACUGAGGCAGCUACUUUAGGACCCGUCUUUACCACUGAAGCCCCAACCCCAAGCACCGAGGCAGCUACUCUGGAACCAGCCUCUACCACUGAGGCCCCAAGGCCAAGCACUGAGGCAGCUACUUUAGGACCCGUCUUUACCACUGAAGCCCCAAGCCCAAGCACUGAGGCAGCUACUCUGGAACCGGCCUCUACCACUGAGGCCCCAAGGCCAAGCACUGAGGCAGCUACUCUAGGACCCGUCUUUACCACUGAAGCCCCAACCCCAAGCACCGAGGCAGCUACUCUGGAACCGGCCUCUACCACUGAGACCCCAAGGCCAAGCACUGAGGCAGCUACUUUAGGACCCGUCAUUACCACUGAAGCCCCAAGCCCAAGCACUGAGGCAGCCACUCUAGAACCGGCCUCAACCACUGAGGCCCCAACCCCAACUACAGAGGCAGCUACUUUACCCACCUCUACAACUGAGACCGCCACUGAAGCAGAAACUGAAGCCACAACAGAGGCCGCAACAGAGGCCCCAGAAUUAGAACUGCUUCCCAACGGUUGCCCAGUGGACUUUGACGUCCAUUACCUUCUGCCGCAUGAGACCCGUUGCGACAAAUUCUACUACUGUGUGUUUGGAAACAAGGUCGUCAGAGAUUGCCCGUCGAAUACUGCUUUCAACCCAGCUUUACAGGUUUGCGACGAUCCCGAGAAAGUAGACUGCGUUAACACUGAAUCCUCAGAAGCUUCCGAAGAAGGCUCAGGAUCCUCAGAAAUUUCAGAAGAAGCCUCAGGAGAAGAUCUCGAAGGCAGCGGAGAGGUUGACAUAGAUGUCGAGGAACUCCUCCCCAACGGAUGUCCUGCGGACUUCGAUGUUCACAAGCUGCUGCCUCAUGAGAGCGAUUGCAGCAAGUUUUACUACUGUGUGUUCGGCGAGACUGUUGAGAGAGAAUGCGGACCGGAGACAUUGUUCAAUGCCGAGUUGGAGGUAUGCGACAGACCAGAAAACGUCGUAUGCGCCAACGCCGGGAGCGGUGAAAACGAAUCUAAUGAAAGCGCUGAGAAUGGAAACAGCAGUAGCAACGAGAACAAUGGAAACAGCAAUGAAAACAAUGGAAAUAGUGAAGAAACUGACAUCCUAGAUAACGGAUGCCCUGCUGACUUCGAUAUUCAUCAACUGUUGCCUCAUGAAAGUGACUGUACCAAGUUCUACUACUGUGUGUUUGGACAAAAGCUUGAGAGAAAUUGUGACUCUGGCACUCAUUUCAACCCUACUUUACAGGUGUGCGACUGGCCACAAAAUGCUGGAUGUGCCAACGCCGGCAGCAAUGAAAACGAAUCUACUGGAAGCGCCGAAAAUGGAAACAGCCAAGAAACCAGUGAGGAAAGUGGAGCCAGCAAUGAAAAUGGUAACAGUGAAGAAACUAACAACAGUAGCGAAGAAACCACUACUACCGCUGUCCCUGAAACUGACCCGACCACUCUUGCACCCAUAACUUUGCCUACUGAAGCACCAGAAAUAGAACUGCUGCCUAACGGAUGCCCUGCUGACUUCGAUGUCCAUCAACUGUUGCCUCAUGAAAGUGACUGUACCAAGUUCUACUACUGUGUGUUUGGAGAGAAGGUCGAGAGGGAUUGUGCCCCUGAGACACAUUUUAACCCUACUUUACAGGUAUGCGACAGGCCAGAAAAUGCUGGUUGUGCCAACGCCGGCAGCGGUGAAAACGAAGGAAGUGGAAGCGCUGAGAAUGGAAACAGCGAUAGCAACGAGGACAAUGGAAACGGCAAUGAAAGCAACGGAAAUAGCAAUGAAAACAACGGAAGUAACGAAGAAAGUGGCAUUUUGCCCAACGGAUGCCCUGCUGACUUCGAUGUUCACAAGCUCUUGCCGCACGAAUAUGAAUGUAGCAAAUUCUACUACUGCGUGUUUGGAGAAAAGGUUGAGAGGGACUGUGCCCCUGGAACUCAUUUCAGCCCUACUGAACAGGUUUGCGACGUACCCGAAAACGUUUUGUGUGUGGGCAAAGCCGGCUCUAGCGUUGAGUCAUCGAGUGAAGAAAAGUCCACCUCUGAAGAAGUAGUAGGCCCCAUCCUACCCAACGGAUGUCCUUCGGAUUUCGAUGUUCAUCAACUAUUGCCUCAUGAAAGCGAUUGUGCCAAGUUCUACUACUGCGUGUUUGGAGAGAAGGUCGAGAGAGAUUGUGGCCCCGAGACACAUUUCAGCCCCACUUUACAGGUGUGCGUCAGACCAGAAGACGCUGGGUGUUCCAGCGCCGGCAGCAACGAAAACGAAUCUGCAGGAAGUGCUGAGAACGGAAACAGCCAAGAAACCAGUGAGGAAAACGGCACCAGCAAUGAAAAUGACAACAGUGAAGAAACUGAUAACAGUAGAGAAGAAACCACUACUACUGCUGCUCCUGAAACUGAUCCCACUACCCCUGCACCCACAACUUUGCCUACUGAAGCACCAGAAAUAGAACUGCUGCCUAACGGAUGCCCUGCUGAUUUCGAUGUUCAUCAACUGUUGCCUCAUGAAAGUGACUGUAGCAAGUUCUACUACUGUGUGUUUGGAGAAAAGGUCGAGAGAGACUGUGACCCUGACACUCAUUUCAAUCCCACUUUACAGGUGUGCGACUGGCCAGAAAACGCUGAAUGUGCCAACGCCGGUAGCCAAGAAAGCGAUUCUGGUGACAGCGCCGAGAAUGGAAGCCAAGAAAGCAGUGAGGGAAGUGGAGACGGCAAUGAAAAUGGUAGCAAUGAAGAGACUGGCAACAGUAGCGAAGAAACCACUACUACCGCUGCUCCUGAAACUGAUGCCACCACCCCUGAACCUAUAACUUUGCCUACUGAAGCACCAGAAUUAGAACUGUUGCCUAACGGAUGCCCUGCUGAUUUCGAUAUCCAUCAACUGUUGCCUCAUGAAAGUGACUGUAGCAAGUUCUACUACUGUUUGUUUGGAGAAAAGGUUGAGAGAGAUUGUGGCCCUGACACUCAUUUCAAUCCCACUUUACAGGUAACUACGAAAUGGCGUUUAAUUGUAUAUAAUAAUCGAGUUAAAAUUAUUCAAAAUCCUUAUAUAUAUCACUAAAAUCUGAAAGACUGUGUUAAUUAAUAUUUUUUUCAG